ACCACACAGACCAAUACAUCGCAAAGCUAGCAAUUAAUAAAAAAAAUAUUACUAGUUUGGUCGUGAAAGAGAGAGCGCAUUAAUCAGGAAAAUGUCUCGCUUCGUGAUGAACUCCAACAAUCUAUGGCUGAUGGCCAUCAGCGACGGCACAAUCAGGGUGAUAGAGGGCGCGUACUCUCCCGAUCUCAACACCCAUGACGUCCCGAGAAAUCCCAUAAGCUGGAAGCAAGCGGCUCGAGUCGGGAGCAACAAGUACUGCACCCACCGGGAGCUGGAAGUGCUGGGCGUGGCGUUCACCGGCGGGAAGGUGGAGGAGCUGAGGAGGGGUAUCUCCGGGGGGCAGAGGAUUGUCAACAGGGAAGGGUUCAUGGUCACGUGGCUCAACCCUGGCAACGGGAGCACCAACAUCAGGCCCAACAGCGUCCUGCGCCGCCUCAACGACCUCUAUGACUGGUCCAAGCACGGGGUCCAGGUCCCCGUCCCCGUGGAGACCACGUGGGACCGAUUCGAGCUCACCACCGGGAAGCUCAUGGUGGGGGCGGGCUCGGGCUCGGCACAGGCGAAGAAGGAACUGGAGGAGAAGGAGAACCAGAGGCUUCAGGCCGAGAAGGACAAGGAGAUCGAAGAGCUGAAGAAGCAGGCCAAGGAGAAGGAGCUUGCCGCCAGGAAGGAGGUCGAGGAGCUGAAGAAGCAGGCCAAGGAGAAAGAGGACGACCAGCUUGCUGCCAAGAAGGAGGUCGAGGAGCUGAAGAAGCAGGCACAGGAGAAAGACGAUCAACUUGCCGCCAAGGACAAGCAGAUCGCUAACCUCAAGAAUGCUCUCAGUUCCUUCGUAUAAUCAAUUAUCGGAUCUGCCAUGAAUAUUCCUCUUCUGGCCUGGCCUGGGUUGGCAUAUUUGUUUGUUCUGAAUAUUCCUCCUGCAUCUCUGCAUGCAUGCAUCUUCUACAUACGUGUGUGUUCUGUUGUUGUUGUGUAUUUAAUUGGUACGUACUGAUCAUGAUCAGUUGCCAACUACUUAAUAAACUGUGGAUUUCUGU